AUGAAUACUGCCAAAGUUAAGACAGAAAAAGUAGCCAUUUGUCUUCAGUUAUGUAUGAAUUAUAGAGAAGCCUUAAGCAAGAAACUAGUAAUUAAAACAUUAAAAGAUAGUUGUAAUCUUGUUUUAGAUAAAAAGAAUAAUUUAAUACCAUAUAAAAAAAAUUUUAAUGAAAAUAUUUUAAAAGAUUCACCAACAUUAGAUUCAUGUUUUGAGGAGUAUCCUGGAAAAGUAUUGAUAGGUGUUGUAGAUCAAUUAAUAAAAGAUAUCACCAGUAAAGAACAAUGUAAACAAAUAUGUUUUGAUACAAAACUUUUAGGAGAUCUUGAAUGUAAAGCUGCUAUGUAUUACACCAAAGACCAAACAUGUGUAUUGUCAUCUGAAACCAAAACUACAAUGCCUGAAUUAUUUACAUCUGAUGUUGAUUCUACAUAUUUAGAAAAUAAAUGUCUUAAAAAAAUUAUAAAUACAAAUAAUAACAUUAAAUCUAAAGAAAUAUCUACAGUACCUGAAAGUAAUAAAGAUAUUCUUUUAAAUGUUAUUACAUCUACCAUAACAUCUCCAAUCCAAAUAACAUCUAUAAAUCCUAAAAUUAAAGAAAAUGUUUCAAAUAAAGAUAAAGUCCCUCAACAACAGGAACUUAGUGGUUAUGAUUCAUCGGACCCAACAAUAACAGGAAAUGAAGUAAAAAAUAUAUUAUCAACACCAUCCAAAAAUAUUCCUGUAAUUGACAGUAGAGUAAUAGAUUCAUAUAAUCCAUCUUUAGCUACAACAUCAAAACCAGAAAUGAGUGUAAAUUUAAAUGAAAAAAAAAUUUUAGAAAAUUAUAUUUUACCAGAAUUAACAACUAUGAAACCUUCUUUAGGUGUUGAUGACUAUAAUUUACCACUACCAAGUACCGUAAAACCAUUUAUGGGUGUUUCUGAAAACCAAAAAAUUAUUAGUAACAAUGUUCCAGACAUUGGAUAUAGAAAAAUGUAUAGACUAAGAGAUGAAGUUCUUUCUCUUGCUGGGACAUCAGAUGGUUGUUUUGUAUCAAUUUCACCAAGGAUAUUAUCUCCUGAUGUAAUAGUUAAGUCAAGUUCAAUAAAACAAUGUCUUGAAAUGUGUAAAUUAUGUAAGGAUUGUAUUAAUGGAAAAGAUAAAUGUCAAAUGAUAUCUUUUUCUCUUAAAACAAAUCAUUGUGCCUUAUCAGCAAAAAUUAAUGGACAUGUUAUUGAUAAACCUAAUAUAAAUGUUGCUUUGUUGCACUUUAAGAUAUCAAAUUGUCCUCAAAUAAAAAAUUAA